GGGGUCAUUUGGCUGUGCAUCUCAGUGCGCGGGUCAUCCGACUGCCCUGCCUAGAGUCCAGCCGCACUGAUAUAACAAACUGAGUUGCACAACAUACACAAAGAACGAUAAGAUAGCUCAAAGACGUGGCCAAUACAAGCAAAGACAGCGUUUUCGCCCUGAAGGGCCGUCUAGCUUCCUGUUCACCAAGAGCGUGCUCAGUGCCAAGCGACGCCUACCAUCAUGCAGAUGAUAUAUUAUGAAGAUGCAGCUGGGAAAGAGGGCCGCAAACGGCUACUCGGCGUCUCGCCGGAUGCAAAGUGUUCCAAGGUGGUGCGCCGCUCGCCCUCGUCUGCCAGCGCUGAGCCUGGUAAUAGCAGCAGUGACAAUGAGUGCUCAGACAUCGCCGAAGGCGUGGAGCGGAUCCUCAGCGGUGUGCCGGUUCAUCCGUCAGCUGAGUGCACAGCCCCGGAGCUGGGUGACUUCGCCAGUCGUCGCUCUGAUAUUGUAGAACCAAGUGCUACCUACAACGCGGGUCACGACCGGCUGGCUCCCAUCCGCUGCCCAGCCGACGACUGGUCAGACACCGCGUUGCGCUGCGAGGUCGCAAAGGGCCGCAGCCCUCCGGACCCGCUCGACAACGGCGCUAAUGCUGCGUGCAGACGUGGCAGCAUGCUCAGCGCUGCGGGAGCUGUGACUGGUUGCGAGCGCACGUCCACUUCAUGCGGGCAGUCGUCGCCGAAGAAAGUGGGCACAGCGGCGCUAGCGGGUUUCGGCAAAGACGUUCUGAAGCUCGAAUAUGUGCGGCUUUGCAAGGAGGAGGAGUCCAUCAAAGCUGCGCUGAAGCAAGUGCGGCUUGGGUACACCGCGGCCCGAAGGGCGGUCGUUGCCUGCCCGUCAGCGUCCGCAUCGCCAGCACAAGCACCCGCCCAGUUCGCCGCCUGCUCUGUGCCCCCAGCCACCCGGCCAGCUGAGCCCAUCCAUGGCAAGGAGCAACAGCGUCUUCAGCAACAGCGUCUUCAGCAGCUGAUGCCGCCGCCGCCCGCGCCUGCCUUGCAGCUGGCUGCUGGCGCCUAUCGGCCCGCGGCAGGCGCCUAUGCGCCGCGGCUCCGGGCCGGCAGCCAACCUACGGCGGUGCCGCCGCCAUACUUGCAGCCUCGGCCGCAGCAAUCGGCUCCGCCGCUCAUGUACAGCGGAGCGCCGGCCCCUUGCGGCGUGACAGGCUUCGACCGGCAGCAAGGAGGACAGCGGCAGAGCCUCCCCCCUCGGAUGAAGGCGGUUCCCAUGGUGGCGCCUGCGCAAGGCUCUUACGGCACCGCCCCGUUGCCGAACCACCACGGCGCGGCUCACGGCAGCCGGGAGCACAUGGCGCAGCUGCAGCUGCGGAUGGCGGCGGCACGAAUGCAGCAGGCGAUGUUCCGCGGAGUGCCCGGCGCCACCCGGUGAAGGGCGUCCGGAUGCACUACAGGCUAGAAGAGCCCACAGCCGCGAAGAAUAACACAGGGCCGCACUUGACAAGUUUAAAGUGCACGUGCUAAAUCGGCGAGAUAAUCGUGCUUGCUUAUGCGCAUGGGCUUCACAGUACGUUAGUCAGGCGCAGGCGUAUGGGCGUUUGUGGAAGUGCAUCACAAUGGACGACAUCUUACUGUAGAGCCUUGACGCGUGCCUGCUUUAGGAGGACUUAAAGUGUGCGCAUGGGUUGUGCCGUGACUCAAUCCUGCAGGGAAGAUUGCAUUCCUUGCGUGCGAGCAUGACUUUGACGGGCCAGGCUUGCGGGACUUUUGCAAACACAUGCUCAAGAUCGGGUGCCGCGCUGCGGUUAACGCACGACUCGUUUCACGUACUUCAUGCUUAUGCAGCUGAAGCACCGAUACAUUCAUUCAUUCUUGGCAGUUAAGGGUUGCACCCCUGCCAUGUGUCAUAAGCAAGGUUUUCCUUGAGGAGUAGACAAGACGAUGACGGAUGCAUAGGGUCUGACCUGGACACGUGGAGAGGGUACGGCCUGGGGUGAAGUGUGAAAGGCCUGGUGGGCGCUCAAACGUUAUAUGGCCAAGAAUGCGUUUGUUGUUAUGUACCACGCAUAGGCGGAAGUGUAUGGCGGUCGGGGGCGGAGUAUUCCAGAGCAACCCUUAUACUGUAUUGUGAUUAAAAUUGUGUCCAAAUGCGUGUGUAUGUGGUGCAAGUGGUGCGGAGUUAAAUGCGUCUGCAAUCACCAGCACCCGAGGACAAGGAUCUCACUGCUAGCAUAGCCACAAAUUUCGCCUCGAGAGGGGUAGCAGACGAGCCUUGAUGACGGAAUGGGCGUCGUGGGCUCCAUGGUAGAUGUUGGAACAGCUGUGUGCGCACGGCUCCACGUUAGGCGCCAGUCCAUGCUCCGUGGCAGGACUGGUUGGUGCUCAUUGACGGCAUGUCCCCGUUGGUCUCAGCCCCGCCGGCGCCCUACAUCCACCUGCAAUGUGCAGGGUAGAGCCUGCAGAUUUGCCAUUGUGCCGUUAAUGAAGAUAAAGUAAAGUAACGUAUUGGAGAAGGCAACAGCACAACGUCGUGUAGGCCGUAUGGCUGCUGUAACUGGAUUGCGAU